UGAUGUUUAACCUGGAGCGCCCGUUCACGGAGAGGGGCCACUUCUUCUCCUCCAUGGAGUACCAGCGGCAGCUGGAGGAGGAGGAGGGCUACCCCCCUCCCGGCGCCAAUGGGACCUUCAACGACAGCGGGGCCGGGCCGGGCUGGGGCGCGCCGUACCCUCUGCACACCACCAUCACUCUCAUCAGCCUGGCCGGCUUGCUCAUGCUCUUCACCGUCUUUGGCAACGUCCUCGUCAUCAUCGCUGUCUUCACCAGCCGGGCGCUCAAAGCCCCCCAGAACCUCUUCCUGGUCUCCUUAGCCUCAGCUGACAUCCUGGUGGCCACGCUGGUCAUCCCCUUCUCGCUGGCAAAUGAGGUGAUGGGGUACUGGUACUUCGGUAAAGUCUGGUGUGAGAUCUACCUGGCCUUGGAUGUGCUGUUCUGCACCUCCUCCAUUGUGCACCUGUGUGCCAUCAGCCUGGACCGGUACUGGUCCAUCACACAAGCCAUCGAGUACAACCUCAAGCGCACCCCGCGACGCAUCAAAUGCAUCAUCUUCAUCGUCUGGGUCAUCUCGGCCGUCAUCUCCUUCCCACCACUCAUCUCCAUCGAGAAGAAGAGCGGGCAGCAGGCUGACCAGGGGGUGGCAGGGUGCAAGAUCAACGAUGAGAAGUGGUACAUCAUCUCUUCUAGCAUCGGCUCCUUCUUUGCCCCCUGCCUCAUCAUGAUCCUGGUCUACAUGCGCAUCUACCAGAUAGCCAAGAGGAGAACAAGGGUCCCGCUGAACAAGCGGGCAGAGCGCCCCGAGAAGAAGCAGAAUGGCUUGACUGACAAGGAGGACCUGCCAGCCACAGCGCAGCUCAACGGGGAGAAGGCAGCAGGAGGCAGCGGCGGGCAAGAGGGAGAGGUCAACGGCAUAGACAUGGAGGAGACCUCUUCCUCCGAGCACCAGGAGAACGACCAGUGUAAGAAGUCAGAGAGACCACCGAGAGGAAAGACCAAGACUAAGCUGAGCCAAAUUAAGCCCGGGGACAGUUUGCCCAGGAAGACAGAGGAGGAGAGGAACACCAAAGGGUCCCGCUGGAGGGGCAGGCAGAACCGGGAGAAACGCUUCACCUUUGUGCUUGCGGUGGUGAUCGGGGUCUUUGUCAUCUGCUGGUUCCCCUUCUUCUUCACCUACACACUGAUGGCUGUCUGCGAGAGCUGCUCCGUGCCCGAAACCCUCUUCAAGUUCUUCUUCUGGUUCGGUUACUGCAAUAGCUCCUUGAACCCCGUCAUCUAUACCAUUUUCAACCAUGACUUCAGACGGGCCUUCAAAAGGAUCCUCUGCAGGAUAGAGAGGAAAAGGAGUGUUUGAAGGACCCUUUGUUACCGGAAGGACUAAUCAAGACUUUGUAGGAGUGUAAAGUAUGUCUCUCUCAGGCUGUGCUUGCAUGGGAUGGUUUCCUUCAGCUCGUGAGCAGGAAGCCUUUAAUACCUGAGAUGAGCCUGUCGAGCACCGGGCAGCAGCAGUGAGAAGCAGCAGGCAAGUGAAGGUCCGAGCCGUGGCAUUCGGCUUGCCAGGGGAGGAUGGCCUUUGACUUGCUUGUUUU